AUGGUGAUUGAAUUUUCACGGCCAUGGUAUGGGGUGGCUAUCCCUUCGUGCAUCAUUUUCACUCUUACUACUGUCUCGUAUUUUGGCAUUCUUCAAGAUGUGUUAACCACUAAUCAAACCAUUUGGUAUUUCACUACCGCGAUUAUGAUCUCUUAUUCAUACUAUUUGGCCAUCGUGACUCCUCCUACUCCCGCUCCAAGCACCUUAACUCAAUCUUUUAUCAGUGAUGUAAUGAAUAAUGAAAAUGAUAUUUUCCCCACCACGACAUGUAAGAAAUGUAAAAAAAUUAAAUUACCAAGAGCUCAUCAUUGUAAAACUUGCAAUACAUGUGUCGUUAUGAUGGAUCAUCAUUGUCCAUGGACGAUGAAUUGUGUAGGCUAUACAAAUUAUCCUCAUUUCAUUCGUUUUCUAGCUUGGGUUAUCAUUUCCACUACAAAUUUACUAUCUCAAUUAAUUAAACAAGCUUACAAAUUAUAUAUUUACAGAAAUUCGCCAUUCCAUCUUUAUCAAAAUGUAAAAUAUAAGAUCAUCAUUCUCACCUUAUUGAUCCCUGGUACGAUCUUUGUUUGGUUAACUGUUCUACUAUUACUACUGAAGACCCUUCAAAAUCAAAUUUGGAAUGGAAUGACUCAAAUCGAAUAUUGGCAAUUUGAAAUGAUUGAAAAUAAAUAUUUCCAAUCCAAAUCAUCAAAAGUAGCCUUACAACUUCAAUUAUUAGAAAACUUGCUGAAUUUUUAUAAUAAAAAAUUAUCCACCGAUUCCAUUACUAAGAUUCAAAAAUUAAUUAGUUCAUUACAAAAUGGUGCUCGUUGGAAUACUUCUUUCCAUUCUAUAAUAAAUUUCCCCUAUGAUUUGGGCCUCUCCAAUAAUAUCACAACUACAAUGGGGUCAUUAAACCCAUUAUCUUGGUUUAAUCCUUGGUAUACUCCCUUAACUGCUUCCUAUAAUAAAAUUAAUGAAUUUGCAAUUUGGGAUGAUAAUGAAACUCAUGAUAAUAUAAAAGAUAUGCUAUUAUGCUUGCCUUGGCCAUUAAAUUAUUCAAAUAAUUCUACUUUCCAAGAUGGUGAAUUGGUAGUCAAAUCUAAUGAUUAUGGUGAGACUUUACAAGAUUUUGGUGUAGAUUAUGAUGAUUAA